AUGCUCGCUCUAAAGAAAAAGCGCGAAGAAGCCAAGGCGGCCGCAGAAGCGGCGGCCAAGGACGCGGACGCCGACACACCAAUUGUCGAUUCUGGCGUCGGUACCCACAGCCCCGACAACAACAAGGUGUCCCUACUCGGCGUCGGUGGAAAGAAGCAGACGAAGAAUGGUGAAUGCAAAGCCACCAAGAAACGAUCGCCGGGUGAAAUUCGGAUUCAAAAAGACAUCGCCGAGCUGGAUGGUGGAAAUGUAGCCACUAUUGACUUUCCGAAUGCCAACGACUUGACAUCCUUUCAUGUCGCUAUUUCUCCAGACUCGGGCUACUGGAAAGGGGCGACCUACCACUUUACCUUCACUAUUCCUCCUCACUAUCCACAUUCUCCACCCAAAGUCGAAUGUCAAACCAAAAUAUACCAUCCCAACAUUGAUUUGCAGGGAAAAGUUUGUCUCAAUAUUCUGCGCGAAGACUGGAAGCCCGUGUUGGACAUUAACGGUGUCGUGUACGGAUUGAUUUACCUUUUUUACGAACCCAACCCGGAUGAUCCACUCAACCACGAAGCUGCGGAACUCUUUCGCAAAGACGUCCGACAAUUUGAGCGACUCGUUUCCCGGACUUUACGCGGUGGUAUUCUGGAUGGAGUUCAGUUUGAGCGGUUGGUGUAGAACAGACGAAACGCUUGCCAGCCAACGAGGCCGGCGCGAGCAGCAGUAAACUAGAAGCAUCCGAAAGAAU